AUGGCAGAAGAAGAUGCAUUUCUUCUAACAACGUUGAAGGUUGUGUACGUGUUGACUACUCCAAUUCCGGAGAUACUGGAGGAGGGCAAUCUGGAGCAAAUCGGGAAGAGGUCAAAGUGGGAGAACGAAAAUUACAUAUGUCUUGGCCACAUUCUGAAGGGUAUGUCUGAUCCCUUAUUUGAUGUUUAUCAAAAUGCUGAAACUGCAAAGUUACUAUGGGACACUUUGGAAGCCAAAUACAUGGCAGAAGAUUCUUCUAGUAAGAAGUUUCUUGUCAGUAAUUUUAACAAUUACAAAAUGGUUGAUGAAAGGCCUGUCAUGGAACAGUAUAAUGAAUUAUUACGAAUUCUGGGGCAAUUUGCCCAACAUGAUAUGAAAACGGAUGAAUCCAUCUCUGUUUCAAGUAUUAUUAACAAAUUAUCUCCUUCCUGGAAAGAUUUUAAACAUAAUCUGAAACAUCAGAAAGGAGAGUUAACUUUGGUUGAACUUGGAAGUCACUUCAGAAUUGAAGAAGGCUUGAGAGCACAGGAAAAGUGUUGGUCAAUGAUGAAAAGAAACAGGCUAGAGAGUCUUCUUUGA